UGGUGACAGCCAGUGCAAGGGGACAAGGACUCAUGUGAGACACAGAGGAAUUAAAAGAUAAAAGACACAGACUAAGAACACAGAGACACUGGCAGACCCCAAAACUGGACUUCAGUAUGGGUGUAAAGAGCAAGGCUGCUGCAGCUAUCUUAAUCCUGCUGCUGUUCCUCGGCUCCCUGUGGCUCCAAGGAGGUUUGGAUUACCACUGGGAUUCUUGUUUAAAAGGUUAUAAUCAGGUGAAUAAGCUUCACCAGCUGUCCAACAGCAGUGGGGCUAAUGGAGCUGAGGCCUCACAGAUCCUGGAGGGGUGUCCUGGUCAGACCUUCCAGGUGUCACUGCUGCUCUCCCACCUGUUGGCUGCACCAGCCUACACCUCCGACGUGCUGCUGCAGCCCUAUCUGUCCAGCUGGGAUGAGCUUGUAAAGUUUAUGGAUGCUUUGGGCCCAAUGGUGGGACUGAUAUCUAAAGAGAUAGAAAGCAAAACCAACAUAAUCCGCCAACUGGCCCUCUCGGAAGAGGGGAACCCUGAAGCAGAGCUUGGCUCAAAUGUACACUCAAUAAACUCUGUGAGCACCGAGGCCGACACAAAGAACAGUGUAGAGGCCUCACAGCACACUAGUGCUUACCACUCUGUGCGUUCCAUGAUCGGGGUUGAACUGGACCGAGGUGUGGUAGACUUCCACCACCAGACGGACUCUGGAUGUCGAACUCUUCUGCGUCUGCAUCGUGCUCUACUUUGGCUAAAACUCUUCCUAGAGAAGCUGGCUGAGACACCAGUGACUAGUCGGCUCAGGAGUCCCUCAGACCUGUGUCGAGAGGCCUACCAGAGCACCCUCGCGAACCACCACACAUGGUUUGUCCGCAGGGCUGCCGAGCUGGCCUUCAUUGCCUUGCCAGAACGGGGUUUCUUCUUCAGGCUGGUGUGUGUGCAGAACCAGGAAGAGCUGAGCGCAGUGCUGAACAGAGUAGUUCACGUUAUCGGAGAGGUUUACAACAGGACGCAGAAAGCCCUGGAGGAAAAUGGCAUGCUGGACUUGCCAUAGAAAACAGGACUAUCAAACAUAUAGUCUCUGCUGGUGUUUUACCAUGAUUUGUGCUGUCCUCAUGGUGUCACAUCUAGCUAUUAAUGAGGUCUAAACUGGAGGAGACAUGAAUAUACUUGAUUUUUUCAGCUAAAAUUUAAAUGUGCCAUACUUUUCUUCCCAACCAAAGUGCUGUAUCAACAAUCAAGUAAUACUGAAAGUCAGUUUGCUUUCAGACAUUCUUCAUCAAAUUUUAUCAGAUAAUGUCUCGACUUCUCUUCACCUUAGAGGUAUUCUUAAGGCAGCUGAUAUAAUGUAUUUAGGCUGGCUAAACACAGACUGUGAAUUAUUUAAACAGAUGGACACAACAUGAACAUGAUCACCUCCACUGUAACACAUGUCACUGGGGAGCUGAUCUUGUGAUGGACUGUAAAGUUUGUGUUUUUGUGCCUACCCUCAUAUGUGAUUGGUGAUUUUCUUUUUCUACAGUUAAAAUGCUAUUGAAAAUUACUGCUGUUUUAAUAGAAUUUAAAGGAGAUAUUUGUAAUUGCUACAUAGCAGAGGUUAGCUUUAACAGCUGUUUAUUUACCAGUCUAGAACUAAUGUUGCAAUUUUAGCGUCAGUCUUCAUUGCUUUAUGGACCAAGAGCUGUCUCCAGUGGUGGAAAGCAAGCCUCUUAUUUUGCGCCUAUUUCUAUCACUUCUUUUCCUCUAUU